UGGAGCGCAGAGCGCGACUCUCCACCGGUGACUCUAGUGCGUCCUGCCGAGUCUAUGCGCGUCUGCUGACCUGGACACGCUUUACCUUUCGUGUUUUAUUUUUAUCGAACGCUUUGCAUUAAACACAUGCUAUGGUGGCAGAGAAACGGGGGAAUUCUUGCUCCUGCGUCUUCAAUGGAAAUUUAGCGUUAAGGUGAACGAAACUCAGCGUAAUUACCUGCCAAAAGCGAAGAUGUUUCGAGAUGUACGGGAAUAGCGUCGUUUAAUCGACCCUGACACGAGCGAAAGUCUCAACAAACUUCUGUUUCUGUUUGACUGACAUUAAAGCGUUAUGGCAUCUGUGUGGUGGAGACAGACGCUGCUCUUCUUGGUAAUCGCAGCAAAUCUGUCUGUGCUAACCGCAGCAUGCAGCAACAACUAUGAAUAUGCCAUUGAGGAAUUUUGCCUGGCCAAGUUCAAGCUGGAUAUGGAGCUUCUUGACCAGCAUCAGUGGUGUAGCUGGGAGGACACUGUUGAGUCCUACGGAGAACUGACGAACUGCACGUUCCUGGUGGCUCUGAAGAUGAACUGUUUCUGGCCCAACCGCCUGGUGGAUGAGUUUUUCAUUCGGGUGCACCGGCACUACUUCCACGACUGCUCGUUGACUGGACGACUGCUUCACGACCCACCCAAUCAGAUCCUGGGGCCUUUUAUCGUGGUGCCCAUACUGGUGACACUGCUCAUGACAGCUCUAGUGGUGUGGAGGAGUAAACGCAGCGAGGGAAUCGUAUAAGUCUGCAGCUGUUAACCAAGUAACCCCAUGCUGAACAAGUGAUAUUGGACAGACUGAACACUAGGAAUGUGUUUGUCUUGUUUGGAUAUUGAACUAGAGAACACUAACACUUGUGUUAUGGACAAACAGGUAACACACAAGUCAUUUGUGGUGACAUUUUUCAUAAGGCAGUUUUUGAUUAAAUAUCAUGUCAAAACCGAUCUCCAGUCUGGUGGUGGAUAAACAUUACCUUGGAUGGAAAACAAGGAAGACGGCGCUAUUCAUGUGUUUGUUUGGCGUAUCUUUGCUGGUUUUGUGAAGACUGGACAUUUUAUUUCACGCAUCAACCUCGGUACAUUUCACAUUCGUUAAAUGUUUUUGCUACACUUUUUGCCAAAUGAUGACAGCAGUAGUAAGGAUUAAUAUUAUGAUUCUAUCAUGAUCCUAAUUAUGUACAUAUGCAAUAAGUAAUUAAAAGCCUUAAUGUAUUGUCAUCUUUUAUCAAUGGGUUUUAAGAUAGAAAUUCUUAUUAGAUACAGCAGCGCAAAAAAUUAAGAGACCAUUUCAAAAUCAAAAUGUACUAUUUAUAGCUAAAUAUGUUCAAAUUGGUCAUUUUUUGUUUUAUUAUGUGAACUACUAACAAUCAUUUUAAAUAAAAAUAUUGCUUCUAUUUGCAUUUAUUUGCAGAAAAUGAAAACGGGUGAAGCAUGUCAAAAUAACAAAAAAAGAUGCUCUGGAUUAUUUCAGACCUCAAAUACUGCAAAGGAAACAAGUUCAUAUUUACUUUGAAGCACUACAACAGAUUACUGUACAGAUUAUUUGUACAUGUAUUUAGGAAAAGUUAAAAAAGUUAUUUUUAUGUGAUAUAUAUCGAUUUGUAAUAUUACAGUUUUCAUGUGUCUUGUCAUGCUGUCAGUCUUUCACAUUGCUGUUGAAUGAUUUUAUGUUACUCCUGAGGUCUAACUGAAAUGGUCACAAUUGAAAUGCUUAUUAAAUGAAAAUUUGGAAUGGUCUCUUAAUUUUUUCUGCGGCUGUAUAUGACUAAAUUAAAUGUCACCAUAACAGACUCAAGCACUUCAAGAACUAGUAAGCUGCCUACUGAGACAUGUUAAGGGGAACUUUUGACUUGAAACCUGCUUAACAAUUAGAAAAUGUUGUAUGAUUCACAGAUAAGAGAAUCCCAAAGUUCAUUGUAACAAGCUCAGUGAAACACCUUAACUAAGAGAAAUGCUGAUUAUUAUUUAUAUAUUAUAUUGAGAUGGAAUAGUAACCUAAAAAAAGUUCAAUCUAAUUGAUAUUGGACUGUUGUACCCAGUAUUUUGUAUGUAUUGUAUGUGCAUAUAUACUGCAUAUAUUAACAUAAUGAAUGAGUUUAGUCUCAUAUAAAAGGUAGAUUUGUACAGAGCAACCCUGUUUAUACAGUUCCAGUGAAUCUCAACGUUUUUGAGUUUAAGGCUGUACAAUUAUUAAGGUCAUUUUAUUUGGAAACACUUUACUGAAAUGUUUCAAAUAAUCCUACAAAUCUUUUAAUCUCAAGAUGUAUGCUUAAUGUUUAAAAUUACUCUAGGACCAAAUAAUGAAGUAUAAGCAGCUUAUAAGAGCCCUGAAUAGGUGGAAUUUCUCUCAAUACGGUUCCCAUGUGGAGACCUUAAGAAGCUAAAUGAUCAAAUGCCAAGAGAACGAUUUGGCAAACUUUAGUCAAAGGGUGGCUACGUUGAAGAUUUUAAAAUAUAACACAACAUAAUUCCCACAGUUACGCUAUUCUAUAGUUUUGAUGAAAUUUUACUUAUAUUCUAAACAGUGGAAUUUUUUUAAUAAAGAGUCAGUGUUCCCAAACUUUUGACUGGUAGUGUAAAGGAACCCAGAAAAUGUUUAUCUGACCCAACAAUGCGUUAAAAAACCCAGCAUAGGUUCAGUUACAGCCCAACAGUUUUUGAAAACAAUGCAACAUUUUUAGAGUUAAUAUUUGAAGCCAUUUACAUUUUUUUUAUAAAUAGUCAAGUUUGGCAUAACUAAUUAAAAUAACCAAACAUCAAGAAUUAUCUUGGUUUAUAGUUUUUUCAGCUGGUAGAUUUUUGUUUGUUUUGUCUUGUUUGAAAUCAUUUUAAAUCAUCUUGAGACCCCCUUUGAGGUUUGUUAAUCCCCUGUUGAGAAACACCGCAUUCAUCACAAUAUAGUACAAAAAACACUAUAUUUCUUAAACUGCUUUAAAACACAAAGAAUGUACAAUAAAUAAUUAAAUAUUA